AUGUUUGGGGAGUCGUUCCGGGUGAUUUCCGCAAGGAAGAAGCUGUUCGGGCAGAUCACUCUUGCCUUAAUACUCCCUCUUUGCGUCUUCUUCCUCGCCCACUUGAAGGUUACUCAGCUCAUCCUCGAGAACACAAUCAAGACCGAUGGCGGUCACUGGAUCGACUAUGAUGAGAAUAAUGGUGAGUACGAAGUCCUCUACAACAAGAAAUACAGCUGGGCGGUUAUAUUAGUCAUAAAGGUCGUCUACCUCAAUGUCGUCCUCAUCUUGUCUCUCAUUGCAACAUCGGCCGUUGUCUACACCGUGGCAUGCGUCUACACCUUCAAGGAUGGCACCUUCAGAAAGGUCAUAAGCAUCAUGCCCAAAGUUUGGAUGAGGCUCGUAAUCACGUUCCUACGGAUCUUCAUUGUUUUAGUUGUCUACAACUUAAUUUUCGUAGGGCUUUUCUUCCAGUGUCUUCUAUUUGCUCGCGUGAUCGCAAUUGCCCUAGCAAUCAUCCUAGUAGUUGCCUACAUUGCGGGCAUUGUCCACGUAACAAUUGUAUGGGAGUCGGCAUGUGUUGUGUCUAUCCUAGAGGAAUAUGUAUAUGGUAGGAAGGCAAUGCCUAGUAGCAAGGCCCUGCUGAAGGGUGAGAUAUGGAGCGUAAUCUGCUUCUUCGUGUUGCUCACCAUGUUCUUCGGGCUGGUCGAGCUCGGGUUCGAGUUUCUCGUGGUGGUCUGGUUAGUGAUCAAGAAGAGCGUGGCAAUCAGGGUCAUGCUCGGGGUCGUCUUUUGGUUUGUGCUCGCGCUCGAGACUCUCGUCCGUCUCGUUGCAUUUACUGUUAAUUAA